ACCAAAUCACGCCAAGUCCACCACCAUUAUUCUCUGAUCUAGAUUGAUAUUUUCCUUCAAGUCCGGAUCGAUCUAGGUCUACUACCACACAAAUCAAUCAUCCAAUAUCCUCUCGCUGAGCGCAAAGCCUUGAAGGCGGACGGAGAGGGGAGCGGGCGGAAAGGCGGCGACGGAGUGCGGAGCAGCGGGAAGGCGGCGACGGACAGGGGAGCGGCGGCUUUGCGGACAGCACAUAAAGGAGAAGCAGCAAGGCCGCGGUAGGAGGGCUAGAAGUCGUCUGCUAGCGUCCCCUGCUCCUCCGGCGGCCACUCCGCCCUGCCCGCUGCCGGCACGCUGCUCCUCCGGCCGCCCAUCUUCUCCCUCACCGUAUAGGACGGCGAGACUGACCUCUGAGGUGUUUGGGACUAGCUGAACUUUGGCAGCUGCAGCUGGUGUUGUAUCAAGAUGAAAAUUCAGUUCGUCAACAAUUGAAUUGGACUAUUUGAACUUGCUGUCGUACGUACAAGAGUGUGCAAUGGAUUUAGAAUCCACCAAAUUACUAUUGCGAUUUCCAAGAGAAAGUACACAAUACUCAGCUGGUGUAGAUGAAUUUCUGGAGUUUGCAUAUAAAGAUAUACCAGCUGAUACAAUGAUCCGAUGUCCAUGUGAAGAUUGUGUUCACACUGAAGUACUAUCAAGGGAUGAAGUCCGUGGCCAUUUGAUGUGGAAUGGAAUGCUUCAGAGCUAUGACAAAUGGGUUUUUCACGGUGAGUCUUCAUCCGAUCACAAUGAUGAUCAACAACCACAACCUGAAACUGAAGGAAAUGCUAAUAUGCAUGAAAUGAUUAUGGAUUCAAUUAGGAAAAUAUAUGAUGGUGAUGUGCCUAUGAGUGAUAGUACAGAUUUUUCAAAUCCACUUCCAGAUGGAGCAACUGAAGAAGCAGAGGCAUUGUACAAAUUAAUUCAAGAUUCAGAGAAGCCUUUGUGGCCAGGAUGUGAAUUGUCUCAGCUUUCCUUACUUGCGCUUUUGUUCAAUACAAAAUCCAUGAACAAAUGGUCUGAUAAGUCAUUUGGAGAUCUACUUAAUAUUCUGCACAUGGCUAUUCCAAAUGGAAAAGCUCUGCCCCAAAAUUUUUACGAGGCCAAGAAGAUCAUAUCGAAGUUUGGAUUAGGAUAUCAGAAAAUUCAUGUCUGCCCAAAUAACUGUCAGUUGUUCUGGAAAGAGACAGAAAAUGAUGAUUUUUGCUCUAAAUGCAAGGCUUCUAGGUGGAAAGAUAAAAUGCCCGAAACCAAGUUAACUAAAAAGGAAAGAAAGAGAGCUACGCCAAUGAAAGUUCUGAGAUACUUUCCAAUCAAAGAGUGGCUGAAAAGGAUAUUCAUGUGCAAAGAAACAGCAACUCUAGCUCGAUGGCAUGAUGAAGGGCGCACCAAGCAGCAUGGAGUGAUACGGCAUCCAGCAGAUUCCGAGGCAUGGAAGAAAUUUGAUGAGAAGCAUGGAUUUGCAGAUGAUUGUCGUAAUAUUCGGUUUGCCAUAGCAACAGAUGGAUUUAAUCCAUAUGGGAUGCUGAGCAAUAAAUAUAGUUGUUGGCCAGUUGUGCUAGUCAUGUAUAACCUGCCUCCAUGGCUAUGCAUGAAGAAAUCUUAUCUUUCAUUGUCUUUGAUUAUUCCUGGACCUAAGAGCCCUGGUGAUAAGAUUCAUGUUUUUAUGCAACCUCUUUUAGAAGAUCUAAGAGAUCUUUUUGUGAAUGGGAUGACAACCUAUGAUGCAUCCGAACAGAAAACAUUUAAACUCAGAGCGGCUGUCUUGUGGACCAUAAAUGACUUCCCAGCAUUAGGAAUGCUUGCUUCAUAUAUGGUGCAUGGAGAUUAUGCAUGUCCACCUUGUGGUGCAAAUGUAUGGACCAAGCGCUUGAAGUAUGGCAAGAAAGCUUGUUUUAUGGGUCACCGCCGACUUUUGCCACCUGAUCAUGAAUUUCGUAAUGAUGCUUCUGCUUUUGAUGGAACAACUGAGAAUAGAACAGAGCCUAUAACCUAUUAUGGUCGUUCCGUAUUAGAUGACAUAGCUGCAUGUGGAGAUUUUAGUACCUCAAAAACUUACAAAGGAAAAAGUAGUCUAUUCACAUUACCAUAUUGGGACAGUAAUCUACUUCGACAUAAUCUGGAUGUGAUGCAUAUAGAGAAGAAUGUGUGUGAUAAUAUUUUUGGCACACUUCUCAAUUUGGAUGGGAAGUCAAAAGAUAAUGUACAGGCUCGUCAAGAUCUUGAAGAUAUGAAUAUUAGAGGGGAGCUCCAUCCACAAAAAAAACCUUCAGGCAAGUAUUACUUGCCACCAGCUAUCUUUACCAUGUCUAAGGAAGAAAAGCAAUUAUUCUGCAAAGUUAUUCAUGGUAUAAAAGUUCCUGAUGGAUAUUGUGGAAAUAUAUCGAAGUGUGUGAAUUUUACUGAAGGAAAAAUUAGUGGCCUCAAAACACAUGAUUGUCAUGUCCUAUUACAUCAAUUUCUGCCAAUUGCUGCGAGAGGUAUUCUUCCAGAUGAUGUUACAGCAGUAUUAUUUGAACUGUCAUCAUAUUUUCGAGGCAUAUGUUCAAAAGUUCUUCAUGUUGAUGAGCUUGACUGUUUGGAAGAAAGAAUCAAACUUACACUCUGCAAAAUGGAGAUGAUAUUUCCUCCUGGUUUUUUCACUGUUAUGGUGCACUUAGUUGUCCAUUUAGCAAGUGAAUGUAAAAUAGCAGGACCAGUUACAUAUCGGUGGAUGUACUUCAUAGAAAGGUAUCUUGGUGAGCUAAAGUCCUUUGUUCGGAACAAAGCACGUCCAGAGGGUUCAAUUGCAGAAUCAUUUUUAUCGGAUGAGUGCAUGACAUUUUGUUCAAGAUAUCUACAGGGUUUCUCCACCAAGCAUAACCAACCAUCAAGGAAUGAUGACAACCCAGAGGACUCUGGAUCGUCAAUAUUUUCACAACAAUCUAUGUUGUUUCCUCCAGUAGGGAAACCAUUGGGAAGACCAAUGGCAUACACUUUAACGGAUAAGGAGGCAACACAGGCCCACAGAUAUGUGUUGUUCAACUGUGAUGCUGUGAAGCCAUAUUUGGAAGAACAUGGGGCUUAUUUGAGAAGGAAGAAUCGCAAGAAGCGCAUAGAUGCAAGGACCUUUGAGAAGAUGCAGCAUGAACAAUUUCCUGAAUGGCUCAAGGAUCAUGUGAUGCAGUUGGAGAGGGAGAAAGGUAGUGACAACAUCAGUGAGGAAAUUAGAUGGUUGGCCCGUGGUCCACUUGAGGUUGCAACGAAACAUAGAGCAUUCAAUAUUCAAGGAUACAGAUUUAGGCCGAAGCGUUACGACAAAGUAACUCAAAAUAGUGGAGUUGUUGUUACAGCAAAAACGUCAAGCUACUCUUCUGCACGUGAUAAAAAUCCUAUUCUUGGAAAUGUCAUGUAUUUUGGUAGGAUUGUGGACAUAAUUGAGUUAGACUAUUUCCGAAAAUUUUCGGUGGUGCUAUUUAAAUGUGAAUGGGUUGAUGCUACCGAAGGAAAAGGUAUGCAAAUAGAUAAGUAUGGGUGUAGACUUGUGAAUUUCUCUAGUCUAACUCACACUGGUAAAAAGGCAGAGGAUGAACCUUUUGUAUUUGCCAAUCAAGUUGACCAAGUAUUCUACGUGGAUGACCAUCUUUAUCCAGGAUGGUUAAUUGUUUUGAAGAUGAUGCCUCGAGAUAAUUUUGAUAUGGGUGAAGAAUGGAAUGAUGUGGAAACAGAACCUUAUCAUGUCAGUAAAUUCUUUCUGCUUUUUGAUACUGCCCAUCAGAAACAAAAUUGGAUGAGAAGGGAUAUAGAGGGAGAAACUGUAGAUGCUCCUAUAGUGUCAAGUGAUGACACAGUACCUGAAUAAAGGUUUGAUGGAUAAUCAAAAAGUCACCUAUCUGAAUAUGUGGAGCCUAGUUGAAGUGACGAAUUCAUUAGUGUUAUUGCUAUUUUUUCUUUAAUGUUUAUGUACUUCAUAAUUCAGACAAGAAUAUUUGUAGGUGUGACAGGCCUAAAGUGUCAAUACUUGAUCCCAAAUAUGUUGGUUCCACGAACAACAUAAAGGUGUUAGAUAGGCUGGUUCCAUGAACUCGAUCAAUACAUUGGUGUUGGUUGUCUUCUUUCCAAUACAUGAUGAGUUGCAGUAUCUAUAA